AUGGCGAAUCCGAAUGCCUUUACGGAUAGGUUGCGUGGAGCAACAAGGCAGACAAGACAGAUGGACGAUGAUGAGGAUGCGGAUUCGGUGGCAGAUGCAGGUGCGGAUGAGGAUGGGGAGAGAGCAGAUGAUGGAGAAGUUGCGACGCCGAUCCCGCCGCCUGGAGCACGCCGGCAAGACUUCAGCUCGAUCAUGAGGGCCGAAUUCAACCCCGAAAUGACGACCCCAUUCGGUGAUGAUGGGCGGCAGCAGCACACCACACCCCCUCGCGCCAAGAUGGAAGGCGCCCAACUGCGGGUGUGGAAUGAGCCGGCAGCAGAGCUAAAGGGAGAGAGGGAGAAGUAUGGACUGCAGCCAGGGGAAACCAUGGAGCAGAGAUAUGACGAGUUGGCUUUAAGGUUCAAGAGCCUCAAAGCCGAGCAUGAAGGAGAGGAUGGGAAAGGGGGGCUGUUGUGCAAGUACGAUGUUCUCGAGAAGAACCUCAACGAGCUGAAAGAAAUGCAUGACGGGGAAGACGGCAAAGAAGGGCUUGUUUCAGAGCUUGAGCAGCUGAAGCAAAACUAUGCGGACUUGACCGGCAGGUACAACGCCCUAUCGGAAAAGUACCAUGGUAAAGACGGAAACGGGGGGGUUGUUUCAGAGCUUGAGCAGCUGAAGCAACAUCAUGGGAACUCGGCCGACAGGUCCGAGCACCUGGAGGAGAGUGACCGUGGGAAGGGCGGCCCAGGAGGACCAGAGGCAGCGCAUGGCAAGCUCAGGGAUGAAGCGGAAGAUACGGCAGCACAGCCUGAGACGACGCAGGCAGAUAACCAGGAGCUCACAAAGGAGGUUGUCAGUCUGCGGGCAGCUGCCGGAUCAUGGAAUCGUGUUGCGGAGGCUUUGGAGAAGGCCGAUGGCAACGUCGAUCAUCUCUACAGGUACCUCAACUACGUUGCCGCGGUUUCCAAGAUGUGCGCUUAUAUCAAGACAUGGUUGGCGAGCACUCAUGAUGCUGACGCCCUUGACCUGUUCAGUGCUUCUCAGGAUAUUGAUGAGGCAGAGGCAGUUUGGACGACUCUGAAAUUCUUCAUAGAGCCUGGCGGGAUGGAGGAGCAACGGAGAACUGAGGCGAUCUCGUGGGAGACGGUGGCGGGUGAGCGGCAACGUGAGGCGGGCUGGUGGAAGGAUGCUGCGAAAAGGGCGAGUGUGGCGAUAACGCAACGUGACGCCGCGAUCCAGCUACUGCGUGGGCACAUAGAGAAGACCGGUUAG